AUUUCAAUUAAUAACGAUCAUAAUUGUAUAUAGUAUCAGUUAUAACUACUUUGAUUAGAUAGUGGAUUUGAUUUAUAUUGAAAAAUACCAGUUUUCUGCUGUUUGUUACUGUUCAAAUUGAUUGUAUUCUUUGAAACAACAUUUAUCAUUUUCAUUAAAUUAGAUUCUCCGCAUUUCCAUUAUUGGUUGUACAAGUUGAUAUUUUAGUUAUUUAAGGUAGUUUAAAGCACCCAGAGUUGUCAUAAUACUAUUUGAAACUAUUCUAUUGAUAUAAUUUUUAAGUUUAUAAGACCAAGAUGCCAGUAUACUCGAUUUCGCACGUUGAAAACGUUCGAGUAUGUGUUGUGAUGGUUGGUUUGCCAGCUAGAGGGAAAUCAUUAAUAGCUCAAAAGAUAGUAAGAUAUCUCUCAUGGUUAUCUAUCAAUUCAAAAUGUUUUAAUGUGGGUAAUUAUCGUCGUCAACUUGCCGGCACUGAAGAUAUUAAUGCUGCUUUUUUUGAUUCGAAUAAUGCCGAGGGGUUGAAAUAUAGAAGAGAAGCAAUUGAUAAUGCCGUUACUGAUAUGAUGAAGUGGUUUCUGGAUGAAAAUGGAGUAGUGGGUAUUUUAGAUGCUACUAACUCAACUAGAGAAAGACGUGAUAGAAUAUUGAAAUUAUGUAGAGAAAACUUGAUUGAACCAAUGUUUUUAGAAAGCUUUUGUGACGAUGAUGAAUUAAUUUUACAAAAUAUUUUAGAUGUUAAGACUACAUCCCCUGAUUAUGUGGAUAAAGAUAAUGAAUUUGCAACCCAAGAUUUUUUACAAAGAAUCAAAUUUUAUGAAGAAAUUUACGAAACUAUGGAUCAAGCUACUGAUUCAGAUUUAACAUUUAUUAAAUUAGUCAAUGUUAAUUCUCAGAUUAUCUUGAAUAGAAUUGAAAGUUACUUAGAAAGUCGUAUUGUUUAUUACGUUAUGAAUUUACAUAUUAAACCAAGAUGUAUUUGGUUAUCAAGACAUGGUGAAUCAGAAUACAAUUUGACAGGUCAAAUUGGUGGUGAUUCAAACUUAUCAGAUAGAGGAAUGAGAUAUGCUAAAAAGUUGCCUGACUUAGUUUUAAAAUCGUUAGGAGAAGAAAACAAACAUACCAAUUUAACAGUAUGGACUUCAACUUUAAAGAGAACUCAACAAACAGCUUCUUUUUUGCCAUAUAAAAAGAAGUUGCAAUGGAAAGCAUUAGAUGAAUUAGAUGCUGGUGAAUGUGAUGGUAUGACUUACGAAGAGAUUGAAAAUAAAUUUCCUGAAGAUUUCAAAGCUAGAGAUGAUGAUAAAUAUGAAUAUAGAUAUAAAGGAGGUGAAUCAUAUCGUGAUAUCGUUAUAAGAUUAGAACCUAUCAUUAUGGAAUUAGAACGUCAAGAAAACAUUUUAAUUAUAACUCAUCAAGCGGUACUAAGAUGUCUUUAUGCCUAUUUCAUGAAUGUGCCUCAAGAAGAAAGUCCAUGGAUGUCAAUUCCAUUGCAUACCUUAAUUAAGUUAGAACCAAGAGCAUACCUGACUCUUGUAAGUAGGAUAAAAGCAGAUAUUCCUGCCGUCAGUACCUAUAAAGAAAAAGGAACUUCUCAAUUAGGUGAAGCAUCAGGUCCAAAUAUUUCGAAGAGUAGAGAUCUUAUCAAAGAUAGUGAUGUCGUUUAGAAAGUCUUUUUUUUAGCAUAGAAAAAUACACAUACUAUAUUUAUUAUACCAUACUUAAUGAAAUGUAAUUCAUUAUUAUUGUUAACGAUAAAUAGCCUAUUAUAUUAUUAUACAGAAUUAUACAGUCUAAAUAAGCUAUCAAAUAUGGGUUAGAAG